AUGACGAGUGAACGUAAGCAGCAAGGCACGGAGAAUAAACUAAGCGUAGCCGGAUCCAAUAAAGGAUCUUCAAGCUUUAAUUUGAUAUCUGUUGAUCUCUUCAUCCAUAUCUUGUCAAGAUUAUCUCUAAAGUCUAUAACAAGGUGUCGUUGUGUAUCAAAGCAGUGGUCAUAAAUUCGCCGUCCAAAUUACACCCUGCUGUUCCCUAUCAAGUUCCCUGCUCCACCGCGUCUCCUUUUCGCUUGCAAAAAUACUCAAGAGUAUUCCUUCAACUCUUCACCUCAGAAGCCGAAUAUGAACUCGUCUCUGGUAGCAGCUCCUCAUCAUAGGAUCAGUAGCUCAAACUUCUUUCAGUUCUGUCGCCCUAUCCACGGACUGGUCUGUCACCAUCAUAUCGAAAACAAUUAUUCAGUGGCGGUGGUUUUUAACCCCUGCACUGAGUCUUUAGUCUUACCCAAACUGAGAAUAUUGGAGGAGGGGGUGCACCCAGAGAGGAGGAACAGAGGAGAAAGAUAUUCUUUUGUGUUUGAUCCAAUCGAUAAGCAGUUUAAGGUAUUGCGUAUUACCUGGUUGCGUAAUGGCUCACACGAGUGGUCGUCCAGUACUGAUUAUCAAGUUCUCACAAUAGGGACUGGAAAUGGAUCUCUCAUAUGGAGAAAUAUCCAAUGCAGCACAAUUCAGUGUCCUCUAAGCGUUAGUGGGAUAUGCAUCAACGGUGUUUUGUAUUAUCCAGCAAAGAUCAAUAACGAAAAACGUAUGAUUGUUUGCUUUGAUGUUAGGUUUGAGAAUUUCAGUUUUACUGACAUUGAUCAAGAAGACUUGGCAACAUGCAUCUCAUAUCCUUACACUUCUACCCUGAUCGAUUACAAAGGUAAAUUAGGUGUUUGUAAUUGUACUAUUUACGAUAAUCUUCUUGUUAAGUUGUGGGUUUUGGAGGAUGCCGAGGAACAUAAAUGGUCAAAGCAUAUCUACCAAACACAAAUGCCCCGUGCAGCGAGCUCUAUAAGCCUUGCAGGAAUGGUUUCUAGUGGCGAGAUUGUGUUGUACCUGUUGGGAUACAAACCAAGUCCCACAUCCGAUGUUUAA